UUUUAAAGAUCAGCCAAGGUUAGCAAGGCUAGACGUACGUGAGGCUGGUUCCCGCUCGUAUGCUGAAAGGCUAAGUGUAGUAGAUUGUCAAUAUUUUAGUAAAAUAUCUACCUAAUUAUACCAGUGACAUUAUGUCAGAUCUCAAAUUUUUAGAUAAAGAAGAUGAAGAGAUCCUGCAAGAUGGCAUCUCCAGCUCUAGAAUUACAGCAGAAGAAUUAAAACCAACUAUAGAUGGCCAAGAUGUUAAAGAAACAUGCACUGAUGCAAUGCAGGAUAUCUGUGAGCCAAUGGUUGGCCUUUGUACAGAAUGCGAUGAGAGUGAACAUGAUUUAGUAGACAGCCAGAGAGAGAACAAUGAGGAUGGAUGCAAAACAAUAAAUAAAGCCAACAUGUAUGAAAGCGAUUCAAAGAAAGAUGUAACAAACGAUGUAGAAAUAUUAUUUGACAGUUUACUGGGUAAGCAAACUGAUAAUGAAUCGCAAACAGAGAUAGAAAAAGUUAUCAAAGUUGUUGAAAUGAUAGAAUUUGAUCAAGAGCAAAUCAUUGUGGAUUUGCCGUCCCUUUCAAAUCCAAGCAAGAGGAGCCGGAAGAAAAAAGAUUCUUCCAAAAAGAAUGUAAUUUCAUCUGAGCCGCCAACUGUUCAGUGUUCGUUCUGUGUCAAGAAAUUUCAUACUAAUGAUGAGAAAGAUUGGCAUGAAAAGUACCACACAGAAGAACAACCUUUUAAGUGUGUAUAUUGUGGAAAGCGGUUCACAUCAGCCGGAGGUCAACGGUGUCAUGAACGAAAGUUUCAUACUGGAGAAAAAUUGCUUAACUGUAGAUUUUGUGAGAAAACUUUUGCCACCUCAACUGCAAUCCGUAGACAUGAACGCGUUCACACAGAUGAUAGACCAUAUGGGUGUGUUAUGUGUGAUGCAACGUUCAAAGACAGCACUGAUUUACGCCGUCAUGAACGUAGACACACUGGAGAAAAACCGUUCAAGUGUAAAAUCUGUGAUCGAGCAUUUACCGUUCGCAGUGCCAUGAACAGACAUCAGCGAGUACAUACUGGUGCGAAGCCAUUUCUCUGUGACCUCUGCGGACAUGCUUUUACUGAUCGAUUUAGUUUGAAACAACACAUUAAAGGGCACAGUCGUGGGCAGUUGUAUAAAUGUGGGGUUUGCAAUGAAGGUUUUUCGUUUCGAUACCACCUUCACACACAUAAAAAAGGAUGCGGUAGCAACCUUACGAUGAAGGAUGUUGAACAGAAGGUGACCGCGAGCAAAGCUGUGGAAAAGGAGACUAUGUUUCUAGAGGUAACAGAGAACAUUAUGGGACAACAAACUGUAUAUUAUGUGAAUCCGGUUUCUGUGUGUGACAAGCCAAGCAGUUAAAUAAAGUGUUUAAUAAUGUGCUUUUAUAGCAUUCAUAAUAUACGAUGGAAAGUUUACGCUUGGGAUUUGAACUAUGUAGUUAAAAAAUUUUGUUUUUCAUUUUACAGUAUUUAUGGCAAAUUCAUGCUUCAUUUUCUAAACCUUAAAAACAGAUUAAAUAAUAAUACAAAUAGUGGAGAUUAUAAUUGUAUAAAUGCUUCCAUGAAAUUUAGUAUUUAAAUUUUAUUUAAGAAAACCUUAUUAGUCAGAUAACUUUCAUAAUGUGAUAAUUCAGUGAUUUACAUGUGAUCUUGAGCUUUGUAUUGUAGUUACAGUAUGCUUCCUCGAAAGUAUAUAGUAAAUAAUAUAUUCAUUAAUAUUAUCAUAAAUGUGAUUAAUUUCACAUGUGGAGGCCUACAAGACUAUUGCAAAUUAUUACCCUGUACUGUAAAUACAGCUCAUUUAAAAGGAUAACUCUAGUAUAAAUUUCCAAUAAAUCAUGUUGAAAAGUUUUCUCAUAUACUGUA